AUCAGCAAACAAGAUUGUUUCACUCUUUCAGAAAUAUAAUCUUGCCGAAGCCCUUCGGCAACAACCUUGAACCUAUAAUGGCGGAAAAAGGACGCCGGAGGUCCAAUAUCUCGAGAACCAACUUAAAAGUCAACCACCACUCGUCGUAUACUGUCCGGAGCAGCUAUUGCCCCCAUCGCAGUCCGUGAAAAUUGAAUAAUUGCUGGGUUUAUGAGCCAGAGGGACAGAACGGAAAAACCAUUCUGCAAGUGGUGUAAGCAGCGAUGUCACCUACAUCUUUUAGGUGCGUCAUGUGGCUCGAACAAAAAUUUCAAAAAUCAGCUAAAGUCGAAACAUAAAAUAAUAAUACAUUUAAAUUUUACCACAUAAUGCAAAAUGGCAAAAAUAGAUAAGAUUAAUCGAAGAACAUUAUUUUUCAAAUUUGGUAAUCAGAAGAAAGCAAAAAACAUCAUCCUAAGAAGUAAGACCAUGACGGUCUUCGCUUUGGCAUAAUUCAUUUUGAAGAGGAGUUCAAGUAAAAGUCAAUAAAAACCAUUUCUGCAGCAAUUAAAUAAGCGCGAAUGCAUGAGCGUUUUUGCAGCGUUUUCCCAUUAAAUAAAGCCCUGCUGGUGUCGGCCACUAGACAGGCGGGAAUGGGAAGGGGAUGGGGAUGGGGAUGGAGAUAGCGGGUAAGGAGGUCACCGGGGGAUGAUGACUGCAGAAGCAUGAUGCCACUUGUUGAAGCUGAGGCCGAAGCACAAUUCAAUGCCCGGGGAUGUUGCUGCAGCUGAAUUCGACAGCAGCAAUGAAAGUUUAUUAAUGAACUUUCAUCCAACAACAAAAAAAUCCAACAGGACUCGGAUGACUGUGUGGGAGGAUGGUGGCAAGUACAUGGGGCCACGUGUCCCAGACAUAUCUAUGGCCUAGUGCCGACGGAUCCAAGCAGCCCGGGUAGGGAAAGGAAAACGGGCUGGAAUUUUCAGAGAGGAAUGCGUUGAAAUUCCUUCUACUCCUCGCCUGCCUUCGCUGCUAUGCCUUGGCCAUCGUUGUCGUCAUUUCCAUCGUCAUAGUCAUUUGGCAUCGCCAUCAUUCCUAUCAACCCAAAAACAAGUGGGAAGUCGUGGGAAGCUGUCCUGUCAGUGCAAUUUGUUGAGUGUUUAUGACAACACGUACUUUGAAUUAACUCAUCCAUGCCGAAAUUGAGUUGCACUUUAAGAGUAAAUUAGGUUUUAUUUUAAUCAUUUAGUUCGAAACCCAAUUUGCCCUGGAUAUACGCAACAUCAAGCAUACGCAUUGUGCAACCUACAUGGGCCAUGGUGGUUAUUUAAUUUUCCACUCGCCCUUCCUGUUCCCAACAUAUCUUCACGCACAACAGGGACGAGUCCCAAUCCCUAGCUCACAGCUAUGAAUGAAGCGUCGCAAAAAUUCCAUUUAUUUGCCAUUUCAAUCGCACCAAGCACCACCAAGCCACCAAGCACCACCAAGCCACCAAGCACCACCAAGCCACCAAGCACUCACCAUCGCCCCCAAACCCAGCUCCUGCCCUCUGAAGUAUGCAUUCAUUAGACAUGCCAAGGCAGCCGAAGGAGAAGCAGUAACCACGGCUGCGGCGACCGAGCUUAGCUCUUGGCCAGACCGCAGAGCAAGGAUCAGUUUGGUUUUGCCAGUCGGGGCCAACGGUUCGUGGUCUCGGGUUCGGAACAAAAGUCGGAAAAGCCAUCGGAAAACGUGACUAAGGAACCUCAGAGCUAAGCGUGGGUCGGUAAACGAAAACGAAAAGAUUCGAAAACACCCAGGAAAGCGGUUUGGAGAACCCAUCCGAGAUGGACAGCACCGAAUUUCGAAAACGUGGCAUGGAAAUGGUAGAGUACAUCUGCAAUUAUCUGGAAACGCUAAACGAGCGGCGAGUUACGCCCAGCGUGGAGCCGGGAUAUUUGCGGCACCUGUUGCCAACUGAGGCACCACAGGAGCCGGAGGACUGGGACCAGAUUAUGAGGGACGUGGAGGACAAGAUCAUGCCCGGCGUGACGCACUGGCAGCACCCACGCUUCCAUGCCUACUUUCCGGCGGGCAACUCGUUUCCCUCCAUCCUGGGCGACAUGUUGGGCGACGGGAUCGGGUGCAUCGGCUUUUCCUGGGCCGCCAGUCCCGCUUGCACCGAGCUGGAGACCAUUGUGCUCGACUGGCUGGGCAAGGCCAUCGGUCUGCCGGACCACUUUCUGGCCCUCAAGGAGGGCAGCACCGGAGGCGGAGUCAUCCAGACUUCCGCAUCGGAAUGUGUGCUGGUCACGAUGCUGGCUGCCAGGGCACAGGCGCUCAAGAGGCUCAAGGCCCAGCACCCGUUCGUGGAGGAGGGUCAUCUACUGUCCAAGCUGAUGGCCUACUGCUCCAAGGAGGCACACAGCUGCGUGGAAAAGGCGGCGAUGAUCUGCUUCGUGAAGCUGCGCAUUCUGGAGCCCGACGACGACGCCAGCCUGCGCGGCCAGACGAUCUACGAAGCCAUGGAGGAGGACGAGCUGCAGGGCCUGGUGCCCUUCUUCGUCUCGACCACUCUGGGCACCACGGGCUCGUGUGCGUUCGACAAUCUGCCGGAGAUUGGCAAGCAGCUGCAGCGAUUCCCUGGCGUCUGGUUGCACGUGGAUGCCGCCUACGCGGGCAACAGCUUCAUCUGCCCCGAACUGAAGCCCCUCCUGAAGGGCAUCGAGUACGCCGACUCGUUCAACACCAAUCCCAACAAAUGGCUGCUGACCAACUUCGACUGCUCGACGCUGUGGGUGCGGGACCGCAUCCGGCUGACUUCAGCCCUGGUGGUGGAUCCGCUGUACCUGAAGCAUGGCUACUCGGAUGCGGCCAUCGACUACCGUCAUUGGGGAGUUCCACUCAGUCGGCGUUUUCGUUCACUGAAGCUGUGGUUCGUGCUGCGAUCUUAUGGGAUUUCCGGGCUGCAGCAUUACAUACGUCACCAUAUCAAACUGGCCAAGCGGUUCGAAGAGCUCGUGCUCAAAGAUAAGCGCUUCGAGAUCUGUAACCAAGUCAAGCUGGGCCUGGUCUGCUUUCGCCUCAAGGGCUCCGACAAGCUGAAUGAGAAGCUGCUGAGCAUAAUCAACGAGUCUGGCAAGCUUCACAUGGUUCCGGCCAGCGUGGGAGAUCGGUACAUCAUCAGGUUCUGCGCCGUGGCUCAGAACGCGACCGCUGAAGACAUUGACUACGCCUGGGACAUCAUCGUGGACUUUGCCAACGAGUUGCUGGAGAAGGAGCAGCACGAUGAGCUGUCGGAGAUCAUGAACCGCAAGAAGCAGGACACGUUGGCUCAGAAGCGCUCCUUCUUCGUGCGCAUGGUCAGCGAUCCGAAGAUCUACAAUCCGGCAAUCAACAAAGCCGGCACCCCCAAGCUCUCCAUGGAGCUGCCCUCACCCGUAGUGAGUCGCGGCAGUGCCCCCAUCAUCCGGACCCAGAGUUCGGUGGACCACAACUCCUGGAUAUCCUGGCCGCUGGCGUUCCUCUUCAACAGCAGCAACGAGGAAAAGGGCAGUAACGUCUCUUUGCGUUUCCGACACUUGGACACCAACGUACGACCAUCCUCGUCGCGACGGAACUCCGGAGCCGGCUCCUCCCCCUCUCCGGAAAACGAGCUGGACUACGUGAAUGUCCAGCAGCAGCAACUGGAGCAGCGAACACCACGACGAUCACCCAUGGCGGUGCGCAAGGAUAACCCCAACUAAUCAUAUUCACUCAGUUAAUGGAAACACUAUAAUACAGUAUUAGCGCUUCCUUAAGUCAGGCGCCUAGUUGAAUUCUAGACCAAUCUGCCAAGCGGUGGGUUACAACAGUAAAAGGCUUUUUCUGAAUUCCAAUAUUGAAACUAUAAAGUAUACUAUAAGUGCCGUGAAGGAAAUAUCAAACGAACAUCUUUCUUGUUUAUAAAUUGCAAUAAAUAUUAUUUCAAAAUAAUAACUUCAAGUUUUUACACGGCUAAAAUACUAGGUUUUACGCUGCAAGUCAAUCCAUUAAGAAAAGUUAUAUGGAAUCAACUUGGAAAGCAAGAAUAUGCUUACUUGCUAGCAAAUGGUAAACAGAAAUAUCCUGCGUUUCUUUGCUUUCUUGCGCAAGGUAAACAGAUGAAAUCCAAAUCAUCUUGCUGAUGCCAUUGAUAUGACGCAGUAUCAUUGUUGAUCGGCAUAAAAUCGGAAAUGAAAAUGUAUAUAUGAAUUUACUGAAUUUACUGUGUAUGGACACGGACUCCAAAUGGAUUAUGACUCAUUGCACAGAGCUCAUAUAUUUUAAACCAUUUCGCGAAGAUGAGUGCGCGCUGGUGGGAAGGCGA